AUGGGCUUGUCAAGCGUCCUCGCCGCUUCGGUCCUGGCCCUCGGCCUCCUUUCCCCCGCCGUCUCGGGCAAGUGCGUCAAGCGAAAGGCCCAUGGCACGAACGAAACCGCCGUCCGCUGGACGAGCCACGAAAGGCACAACGCGGCGACCCUCGGCGCCAACGCUACGGCGCCGCGCAACGUGACGAAGCCCAAGCUCGAGCCCCCUGCGCCCGAGUCGACUGAGUGGUGGCUGUCCAACGUGGCCCGCAACGGCGCCCCCGCCUUCGGCGACGAGGCCUCCUAUGCCGUCUUCCGCAACGUCAAGGAGUACGGCGCCAAGGGUGACGGUCGCACCGACGACACCGACGCCAUCAACGCCGCCAUCACGGCGGGCAAGCGCUGCGGCGAGGGCUGCGACUCGAGAACGACGGCGCCCGCCCUCGUCUACUUCCCCCCCGGCACCUACGUCGUCUCGAGACCCGUGAUCCAGUACUACUACACGCAGCUCGUCGGUGACUUCAAGACGAUGCCCACGCUCAAGGCCGCCCCGCACUUUGUCGGCAUCGCCGUCAUCGACUCGAACCCGUACGGUCCGGGCGGCGUCAACUGGUGGACCAACCAGAACAACUUCUUCCGCCAGGUUCGCAACUUCAUCAUCGACCUCACGGCCCUGCCCAUGUCGACGGGCACGGGCAUCCACUGGCAGGUCGCCCAGGCCACGUCGCUGCAGAACAUCGUCUUCAACAUGGUCCGGGACCGCGGCGACGACAACAGGCAGCAGGGCAUCUUCAUGGAAAACGGCUCCGGCGGCUUCAUGACCGACCUGACCUUCAACGGCGGCCGCUUCGGCAUGUGGGUCGGCAACCAGCAGUUCACGACGCGGAACCUCAGCUUCAACGACUGCGGCACGGCCAUCUACAUCCGCUGGAACUGGGUCUGGGCCUUCCACGGCAUCUCGGUCAACAACUGCGGCGUCGGCAUCGACAUGACCAGCGCCGACCCGCUCCAGCUGGUGGGCUCCGUACUGCUCCUCGACAGCACCAUCGCGAACACGCCCGUCGGCGUCGCCACCGUCUACGGCCCGAAGCGGGCCGAGGAGGGGACCCGCGGCACGCUCGUCCUCGACAACGUCGACGUGACGUCCAACGUCGCCGCCGCCGUCCAGGACGGCGCGACGAAGCGGACGAUACUCGAGGGCGGCGGCGUCAUCGCCUCGUGGGCCCAGGGUCGCUCCUACAGGGGCGCCGACGGCUCCCCCGGCCAGGGCCCCCGGCCCAAGGCGAGCAAGCCCGCGGCGCUCACGGACUCGGCCGGCAGGAUCGUCACCAAGAGCAAGCCCCAGUACGGCGACGUGCCUGCUUCCCGCUUCGUCUCCGUCAAGGCCAGCGGCGCCGUCGGCGACGGGCGGACGGACGACACGGAAGCCAUCCGGGCCGUCUUCGACAAGGUCAAGGCCGAUGAGAUUGUCUAUUUCGACCACGGCGCCUACGUCGUCACCGACACGGUCCAGGUUCCCGCCAACGUCCGCGUCGUCGGCGAGAUUUGGCCCCUCAUCCUCGCCGGCGGCAACGCCAGCUUCAAGGAUCAGCACAACCCCAAGCCCGUCUUCCGCGUCGGCAACCCCGGAGACGUGGGCGACGUCGAGAUGCAGGAUCUCAUGUUCGAGACGCUCGGCCCUCAGCCGGGCGCCAUCCUGAUGGAGUUCAACGUCGCCGGCAAGACCAAGGGCUCGGCCGGCCUCUUCGACGUGCACUUCCGCGUCGGCGGCACCGCCGGCACCGGGCUCCAGUCCGACAGGUGCGUCAAGACGCCCGAGCGGACGACGGUGCCCGACCCGGCCUGCUUCGGCGCCUUCAUGCUCAUGCACGUGACGGCCUCGGCCAGCCCCUACCUCGAGAACGUCUGGUUCUGGGUCGCCGACCACGAGCUCGACCUGGCCGACCACGCGCAGAUCAACAUCUACAACGGCCGCGGCGUCCUCAUCGAGAGCACCAAGGGCGCCUGGCUGUGGGGCACGGCGUCGGAGCACAGCGUCCUGUCCAACUACCAGCUGACAAAGGCGCGCAACGUGUACAUGUCGGCGAUACAGACGGAGACGGCCUACAUGCAGGGCAACCCGGAUGCGCGCGUGCCCUUUGCGACCAACGCCGCCUACUCGGAUCCCGACUUCUCGCAGUGCACGACGGAGAGGUGCGCGCGCACGUGGGGCGUGCGCAUCCGGGACUCGCGCGACAUCUUGAUAUACGGCGGUGGCCUGUACAGCUUCUUCGACAACUACAAGCAGACGUGCGUGAACGCCAACGACUGCCAGGACGACGUGAUCGCCGUCGACGGGUCGAGCGUCAAGAUGUUCGCCAUCAGCACGAAGGCGAGCGUCUCCAUGGUCACGCUCGACGGCAAGGCCGCCGUCCUGGACAGGGACAACAGGAACAACUUUUGCGCCGCCGUGGCCGCGUUUGAGACGUCGUAG